UUCCAGAGUCAUCAGCAGAAGUCUUCCGAGGAAUUUGCGAGCGCGUACUCGCAUCAUAAGUACCAUUUCCCUGGCCUCGUCUCUGCAUUCUCUGAUGCUGGUUCCUGUGCUACGUUGGCAAACCAAGAACGGCAGACAACUCAUCGGAAUAGUGUGAAAUCUUCCUCAGGAAUUUCAAUUUUGUGUCCCAAGGCUGACAUAUAAUACCAGAGAGAAUGUCGUCGUGGAAGUUGUACCUAUUCCUGUUAGUUGUGGCCGUGGGAUCAGUGGUCAGCCAAAAUGAUCCAGACGCAGAAGACCCUACCGAUGCAGAUUCCGGACCACCAACACCAGCAGAUAGGCCUUGCGACGGCUGCAAGGACGGCGAUAACUGCUGGUAUGAAGGGGACUCGUUCCUCAAGAAUGAGGAGGAACACGAAUGCAUAGAUGGCAAAAUUGAGAAGAGGGUUGACCCCAAAGCCGGAAUGUGUUUGGCGCACAGUGCUGUUGGCCAGGACAAGUGGCUGAAACCGGAUGAGGAAUACGAACUGCGAUGCAACACAUGGAAGUGCAGCGGGCAAUUCAAGAUCAUGGAGUUCGUCAAAGCAGCUUGCCGUGACGACAUGGACAAAUGCUUCGACGACGGUGAAACCCUGGUGAAGAACGGGAACACCGUGAUCUGCAGAAUUUACGGCAGCGGUCAUGUGUACGAGUUCCCACCCCCUGCGGCAGAGCCAACAGAGGGAGCAUCUGAUGCUGGGAUGUAGAACGGGUUCGGCGCACGAUGAAUGGAAACACAGGAAAACGCAUUAGACAAGGAUACUCACUAUUUUCUCAAUUUAUUAUCGAAUAGAUAAACCAUAGUCACUGACAUUACUUAUCUAAGAAUUUUGGAAUUUAAGAAAUUCCCCCAAAAACCCUUCUCUUUUUUUAAGAAGGUAGCCUAAAUUUUCCUGUACUCAGAUAUAAAUUUUAUCAAAUCACUGUACAUGAAGAUAUCACCAAGACUAACAAAAUGAUGUCAAGAUUAGCCCUGAGCUCAUUAAGAUGAAGGAAAUACAGGGCAUUCCAUUUUAGUACAAAAUCCUCCAUCAAAUUUGCCAUUAAGGAAAAAAAUCCUCUCUCUCGAAAAAUUGCAGUACCUGCUAUACACACUCGGAAGUGUAAGGCCAAUACUAUUCGAAUAUCUGCUUAGCCGGUGUCAAACAGUCUAAAUAUUUCGUAGGUCGGAUGCCUUAUUUCCUCAAACAACGCCAAGACAUACAUGCAUACAUACAUACAAAGAUCAGUUAUUUUGCAACGUUUGCUGAUAUGAAAUGACUCGGAAGAAAUAGAAACGUUUGUACAUGACUGUAUCAGCAAGUAUGCGGUGAUUAUCAGAAUGUAGAAAAUCCAGCAAACACUUCUAGUGAAUAAAAUUGUCUUAAUCGA